AUGGAUUCAUCUGAGGUUAACCCAACCUGGACCCUGGAGUCUCCUCAAAUGUCCAUCGAUGAAAAUUCCCAGGCAAUUCCAGUUGCCUCUGAACCUAUGUCUGAAGUGUUAAUAAAGGACCUCAGUAGAUUGACGCUCAACCCUAGCAUCCAAUUGCCAUUCAUUCUACCAGAAUGUCUACCUCAACCAACUGGGCGGUUACUUGGUGAAAACAUACCCUAUAGGAGAGGGGUGAGGACCGUGUUAACCGAUCGGAGAGAUAAGAUGGAACGGCUGAUUCAAUCCAUUAAAAAACGCUACGGCAAAGGAGUUCCUCGGUCUGACUCUGAAAGAGAACCAUGGCAGAAUGAUGUUGAGACUCAAUCAAGAGGGCAAAGAUUUAGAUGUAGCUGUCGUUUUUGCCGGUUUCAUAGAGAUCCUUCUGAGGAUAAUUACGAGAAUCAUUACAACAAUAAGUAUUACAGUAAUUAUGACACGGAGUCGAAGGAACCAUAA